CUUCUUCCGCGCCCUGCUGGAGCGCGCGGGCUGCCACCGCCGCUGCCAGGACCAGCGCCUCGGGGGCCCCGAGUCCCCGCACCGCGCCAGCGAGGAUGUGCGCAGCGACUUCCAGCGCCGGGUGCCCUACAACUACCUGCAGCGGGCCUACCUCAAGCUUGACCAGGUAGAAGAGGCAGUACAGGCAGCCCACACGUUCUUCAUGGCCAACCCCGAGCACAUGGAGAUGCAGCAGAACAUUGAGAAUUACAGAACUAUGGCUGGUGUUGAAUCAUUCCAGUUGGUAGAUCGAGAGGCCAAGCCACACUUGGAGAGCUACAGUGCAGCAGUGAAGCAUUAUGAGGCGGAUGACUUUGAAGAGGCUAUCAAGUACUUUGAAAAGGCUUUAAGAGAAUAUUUCAAUGAAGAUAUGGAGUGCAGAGCCCUGUGUGAAGGGCCUCACAGAUUUGAAGAAUAUGAGUACUUAGUAUAUAAAGCUGGUCUCUAUGAAACCAUUGCAGAUCACUACAUGCAGGUGCUGGUUUGUCAGCAUGAGUGUGUGAGGGAAGUCGCCACGCGCCCCGGCCGCCUCUCCCCCAUUGAGAACUUUCUUCCUCUGCAUUACGACUACCUACAGUUUGCCUACUACCGAGUUGGUGAAUAUGUAAAAGCUUUGGAGUGUGCCAAGGCCUACGUCCUGUUCCAUGCCGAUGAUGAGGAUGUGCUGGACAAUGUAGACUACUAUGAAAGUCUGUUGGAGGAUAGCAUGGACCCAGCAUCCAUUGAGGCUAGAGAGGAUGCAGCCAUGUUUGUGAAACGUCAUAAACUUGAAGCUGAACUGAUAAAAUCAGCUGCCGAGGGUCUGGGAUUUUCAUACACGGAACCAAAUUAUUGGAUCCGAUAUGGAGGACGACAAGAUGAGAAUCGGGUACCUUCAGGCGUGAAUGUGGAAGAGGCAGAAGUUCACGGAUUGUCAGUGGGAAAAAAGUCAUCACCCAAGAUAGAUCGAGAUCUAACAGAGGGUGGCCCUCUGCUCUAUGAGAAUAUCACCUUUGUGUACAACUCGGAGCAGCUGAACGGGACCCAGCGGGUCCUCCUGGAUAACGUCCUGUCUGAAGAGCAGUGCCGGGAGCUGCACAGCGUGGCCAGAGGAAUCAUGCUUGUUGGCGACGGAUACAGAGGAAAAACUUCACCGCAUACUCCCAAUGAAAAGUUUGAAGGUGCAACUGUCCUGAAAGCACUCAAAUUUGGGUAUGAAGGCCGAGUCCCGCUGAAGAGUGCCCGUCUGUUUUAUGACGUCAGCGAGAAGGCUCGAAAGAUCGUGGAAUCCUAUUUCAUGCUGAACUCAACCCUGUAUUUCUCCUACACACACUUGGUCUGCCGAACAGCCCUGUCCGGUCAGCAAGACAGAAGAAAUGACCUCAGUCAUCCCAUCCAUGCCGACAACUGCCUGCUGGAUCCCGAGGCCAACGAGUGCUGGAAGGAGCCCCCUGCUUACACUUUCCGGGAUUAUAGUGCUCUCCUGUAUAUGAAUGAUGACUUUGAAGGAGGGGAAUUCAUAUUCACGGAAAUGGAUGCUAAGACCGUGACUGCCUCUAUAAAGCCAAAAUGUGGGCGUAUGGUCAGCUUCUCAUCUGGAGGAGAGAACCCGCAUGGGGUGAAGGCUGUCACCAAAGGCCAGCGGUGUGCUGUGGCUCUGUGGUUCACCUUGGACCCACUCUACAGAGAGUUGGAGCGAAUAAAGGCCGAUGAAGUGAUUGCCAUUCUGGAUCAAGAGCAGCAAGGGAAGCAUGAACUGAGUAUCAACCCCAAGGAUGAGCUAUAACAAUGAGAAAGAAUGUUCUAUCAAAUAUUUAUUUAAAUGGUUAAUCUUAGAGGAACUUUUUUAUUUUUGUACAGAGCCGUGGUAUAAAUUAACAGGUUAAUACGAGUCACUCCAUGUCCCCUCUGUCCCCAGACGUGCUUGCUCCUUCUGACUCUGCCUCUCAAAGCCCAGUCCCAGUCUACACACACAACAUACACUGCACACAUACACCACACACACACACCAUACCAACCUACACAUGGCGUACACACAGCACAACACAUACACAAAGCAACACACAAACAUACAAACACACCACACACAAUGCACCAUCAAAACAUACAGAGACACCCCAGACAUAUGAGACAAAACACAAACAUACAAAUAUACACCAUACAUACAAAAUAAUAUAUAAAUAUAGAAGUACAUGUCACAACACAAAUGCCCCACACAAACAACACACUAACAUGGUCCACAAAUACACAGCUCACAAAUACAGAAAUUUAUGCCACAUACAAAUAUGACACCACACAAACAUACACACACCACAUGGACACUCACCACACAAAUACACAAAAUCCCACCAUGUAUGCCAUACAGAGAUAUACACCGCACACACACACACACACUGAGGAUAUACACAGACAUACACUACACAAAAAAACACAACACAUGCACACAAACACACACAGAAACACACAUUUCGCUGGGCAUACAAAGGUCAGAGAGGAUACGCGGGUCCUUGGUGAAAGCACAGCUCUCGUGCUUGCCCCAGCCCUAACGGUAGCGCAUGCCUUGCUCUCAGCGGCCUUUCUGGCUUAGUGCCUUUCAGUCCUGAGCUCGGCUUCUUCUGUCCCAAGUGCCAGCUCAGCUUGGCAGAGCCUCUGGCAGACUCUCCCUUGCCUCAGCCCUCAAGGCCACGGAGGACACCCUGGCUCCGGGAAGGACCCACAGUGAGGACUGUGAGAUCGGGGUCAUCGGUCUUUCCAGGGCCCCCGUGGUGGAGCUGUGGCUCUGGCAUUUUCAUCAGGGAGGAAACUUACACUGGAAGCUUCGAUCCUCCCGGCUGCCAGUGCUCCGGAAGGACUGUCCUGGGAGUUGUGUCUUUAAAGCGUCACAUAGAAGCUGACGUGGAAUGGCCUUCACUCAGUGACUUUGGAAGAAGACCUUCAGCCCCACGUGGCACAGGGCACCUUUGCGGAGCCACUGGAGCACAGCGGCCGCUGGUGGAGAGGAAUCUUUGUGUUUAAGUCAGAAAAACACAUCCCUGUUGACCCCGCUCUUGAUCUACCCUUCCUCAUGGUUGCUGUCCAGCGCUCAGAUCCGUGCUUGUGUCUGAGAUGUUUAAUAAAGGGACCUUUAUUUUAA